AUGAUGUCCCUCAUCGGCAGUGGGCUCACGGGCGCCAUCAUUGAGUCUGACCGGAAGUUAGAAAAACGAGUCCCCAGGGAAACACGCUGUCUGCUUCUAGUUCCUGAUGUAAAUGUGUCUCUGGAAAUGAAUACCGACGUGCGCUAUUCCUUAUCUCCACGUGGAGACGCACCCCUGAGGCAGAGCGGAGGUCCUGACGGCUCCGUACUCAGCUCGCCUGCCUCGAAGGUGCAGUUCGCGGGGGGCCUCACUCCCGGGGGCUGGGGACCUGAAAUGUGA